GCCAAGAAAGCGCGAUCUGUGCAGCCUGCACGGCUCACUACGGAUACACUACAAUACAACUUCACUAACAAGGUUCAGGCAUACAGAGCGAAAAAGUACCUGGGAGCUGAGCCUUUCUCCUUCGAUGAUUCGAUCCUAUCUUGGCAGUAGCUUCGUAUGUAUUCUCCAAUCAGUUGCGUUGCAGAGGGUCAGCCCAGUGAAGCCCGAACAAAAGAGAAGCUGCAUUUUUAUUUCCCACGGACUGCAAGGGCCAGCCAGCCCAGGGGCGCCUGCUUUUAGGGCAGCAAAGUUCCCGCCAACCUGGGAAAGGGGCUUCUUCAUUUCCCAUAUGUUUUUAACGUUAUAACCUACCUAACUACGGACCAACCUCAGCUGGGAGUAUUUACAAUAGCUUGGCUUCAACUUCGGCGCCAAAGAAAAUAGUCGCUUUGAGGGAAAUGGAG